UUUCUAAAUAAAGGGAACCAUGAAGCAGGGGUGACCUCCGACCUUUCGCAGCAAUGUCAAUGAACUUUAAAAGGUAAACAUGGCGACGCUUAUGAAAAGUGACAAGAGAAAAGUUUCGGCACAACUGAAGACAGAAAUAGCCCGAAACAUGGGGCAUCAGCAGCUAAAUGAAUUGCUGGAUGUUGUUCUCAAUCCGAGGACUUCGCUGGACAGCAGUGAGAACUUGGAUUGGUGCCGAUCGUUGAUUGCAGGGGGCGUCGCGUUCGAGGACUUUGCGAAGAGUGUGCGUCACUACGACAAUGCGUCGACUUGUGGUCUCGUCUGGACGUCUAAUUUUGUGGCGUACAGAUGUCGUACAUGUGGUAUAUCUCCAUGCAUGUCAAUCUGUGCAGACUGCUUCCAUGGAGCUGAUCACACUGACCAUGAUUUCAACAUGUUUCGGAGCCAGGCUGGAGGGGCAUGUGACUGUGGCGACCCCAACGUGAUGAGGAGUGCUGGGUUUUGUUCGUUACAUGGUCCGGAUAAACUCAAGAACCUGACCGUUCCAGCGGACUUGUUGCCAAUGGCUGAUGCUGUCGUCCCAAGGGUAGUCUUCCGAUUUGUGCUAUAUCUUCGGGAUAUUUUUGAGAAACGGUCUGAAAUUCCUGCAGUGCGCUUCAGCUUAAGUGAGGGGGAACCACUCCUGGGCUUGCUUCAUGAAUUAUGCAACAUGGGCGGAGCUAUGCGAAGCGUGAUGACACGGGCCCUGACAGAUCAGCAGCUUUACAAGGACCUCAAUGAGGGGUCUAGUGGCUGUUACAGUCAAUUCAAACGCGAUAUUAGCCAAUCACGUGAGAUCUUGAACAGUGCACAGAGUAUCCUAACCGUUCCAGAGUCACCAAAAUUUCUGAGAGGUAAUCCAGCAGUCACCUAUCCUCUAAUGCCACUCAGCUUUGUUGAGGAGCUUCUGUUCUGGGCUGUAAUAUUUGAGUUUCCGGAGAAAAUUGUGACCCUUCUACUUAAAAUGCUACCAGACAAUAGUUACAAGGACACAUUCACCAGGUCAUUUGUGAAGUUCUACGGUCGUAUUGCCAUGUCACUCGCUACCUCCACACAACCUGAUAAGUUGUCCAGUCGCGUGGUUCACAUCAGUGUGCAGCUCUUCAGUAAUGAAGAAUUGGCCAUACAAAUGACAGAGGAGCUGCAACUGAUCCACAUACUCAUCGUGUCGCUGCAAUGCCUGCUGAAACGCACACUGAUGGACAACCAUUUAAAAGGCACCCCUGGGACUCAUCGAAACUGCCAAGUUAUCAACUGUGACCAUCAAGUCAUGCGGCAACAUUGCUACUGGCCGGUCAUCAGCGAUCUCUCCAACAUUCUGUCCCAUCGCUCAGUAGUCAACAAGUUCUUCACUGACCCGAGCCUAGUCAAGAUGUGGACCAACAUCCUGGCCAUGUUCAUGUGUAUGAAUCUGAAUGAAAGGGAGUUACACAACCAUGUUGAGUUUGAGCCGCUUGCCUACUCCGCGGCAUUCUCAGCCGAGAUUGAGGCCUGCGCUGCCCCCAUGUGGCAGCUCUAUGUGCAUUGUAAAGAUGAAAGCACAGCCCACUACACUGAAGCACUUUUGAAUGCCUGUUCAGAGACCAUCACGGACUGGCUAGAAGCAGCAGAUGUUUACAAGUCUCUAGACCCUUACCAAGUGUCCUUCCAUAUUCCAUUGUUACGCUACUAUGCUCUAUUCUUAAGCCAGGCAGUUACAAAACAAGGAUUGGCAAUUUCCCCACAAAAAGAUUUCUUAAAAAGUUUGAUGAAUUUCCCUUUACAGAUUCAGGCAUUGGUGGGUGAAAUAUCCUGUGGUUUAUGGGUGCGGAAUGGUUUCCAGAUCAAACGACAAGCCAUAACCUAUAUGCAGUGUCAUUUCUGUGCCUCCAUGAUAGACCUCGAUCUAUUCUUACUUCAGGCUUGUGCAGCACAUCUGGAUCCUGAUUACUUUGUGGAAAAAGUGUUUUCAAGCUUCAAGGUUCUGGAAAUGCUUACAUUCAACCAGUCCCACAGCCACAGUCAACUAGAACUUGACAAGGAGUCAGCCAUGUUGGAGAGCGCCCUCACACUGUUAGUGACGCUUCUCAGUACCAGAACGCAUUUGGGAGCCACGGAAGAAGAGUUACUUCGUCAGGAAAUGGUGGCCCUGCUGUGUAUGCAUGACACUACUCACAGCCGACUCACAGAUCAAAUUCCAGAGAAGACAGGAUUAUUCAGCACUAGUGAGAGUUUUGAGCCGUUGCUUGCUGAGGUUGCUGACUACCAUGACCCACUGUCUGAGAGAAGCAGUAGAGGUCUACAGCAAGGCCACUACUCUCCUAAACCCAGCGUCUGGGAAACGGAAUUUGACCCAAUCCACGUCCUGCUCAGAUGCAUGCAGAAGAAGGACUUCCAGAGUGCUAUGGAUCGAUACAGCACCCAUAUGAAGCAAACAGCUGGACAUUCUGGGAACAGUGACCUAUGGCCUCCGUUCCAGCCGCUUAAGCAACCCCACCCUGCCCUCAAAACUCUCCAUCAGCUGCUGCAUUGCAAGACUCUCCAUGGAGCUAUAUUCAUUAUUCUCCACAAGGCUGUCAACAGUAAAUCCAUCAGUGAGCCAGUACUAUAUCUAUGCAUUGCCCUGCUAGAUAUGAUGCUGCAGUGCCCAGCAGACACCAUUGCAUCUAAGACUCCUACACCAGCAGUUAUACAGGACGGCAACUUCUCCGCCAUGUUUCCAGACAAUCUGAUUCUCAGCAACUUGGGUCAUCGUAUUCACGCGGUAGAGAUCGUGUACGAAAAGCCGUCCUCAUCCAGACAGAGGACAGUUCACAGCACGGACCAACUCCUGCAACAACUGCUGGAGGAGGAGGUUAGUAUCAUCCAUCAGAACCUGUUUGGACUAGCACCGAUGGGGUUCCCUGGAGCUGCUGAACUAGAAGGAAUGGAGGAAGGGGAGGAGAUGUAUGUGGAGAUUGACGGCAUCGGAGAGGAAGAAGAGAUUGAUGGGAUAGAAGAAGAUGAGGAUGAGGAUGUGGAGGAGAUGGAAAUGGAGGUGGGACUGGGGGAGGAGCUUUAUGUUGACACGCCCGCUACCAGUGAAGGAGCGAUGGCCACUGAGGCAUCAUCUAGCCGCAGCUCAGUCGAGCCAUCUACGUCGCCCUCAGCCUCAGCAGGCCGACCCAGAAAGCCUGCCAAGGUCAGUACUGUCUUGUGGACACCCAGUAAGAUGCUGACCAUCAACUUAUCAAUGCUGGAGCUGUUGGUCAAGUUACACGCCAAGAUGGCCGGUAAGGAAGGUUCCUAUACUCCACCGUCCAUGAGGAGGGAUACGGAGGCAGGAUCACUGCCGGGUGGUGUACAGGUUGGCGGUGGGAUGUUCUAUGUCAAGCGAUUGCUUGAUAAGAUCUGUCGCAUGCACCCAGAGAGUCAGAAGCAAUUGGAAGACUUGUGUAGACUCCACCAGCAGCCUACAGCAGGAACAGAACAACCUGAUGCACAGAGCACAGCUGCUGAUAGGAGGAAGAAAGCUCGAGAGGCUCAGCAGAAACUGUUUGCCAAGCUAGCUGCAGAGCAGAAGAAAUUCAUUGAGAAAUCUCUAGAGACAGAAGAUCCCUUAGGGGAGUCACCUAUAGCAGAUGAGGAGGUGCAGGCUGCAGCAGCCGAGAAGGUCCCCGACAGGGAGAUAUUUGAAUGUGUCAUAUGUGGCCAAACAGCACCCUCUACUGGUGACAAACCAAUCGGUAUGGUGGCACUGAUGCAGGCUACUGGCGUACUUGGCCACCGGUCACAGGUAUCAGAAGCAAAGACUUUACCAACAAGUGAGAAUGAAAUGAUCAGUACGACGGGACGAGGUAAAGAGGUCAACCAGCAAAGGAAACUGGACCUACUGAAUCACUUUGAUAAGUCAUCUGUGCAGAUGUCUAUUAACGUGGGUUGGCAUGGCGGAGUCCACAUUCAGAGCUGUAGGCAUUACAUUCAUCUAAGCUGCCAUGAAUCCUACAUCAAAUCAUUACGGCAGCAGGAUUACCAAACUCCUCAACUGCAAGUCAGAGAGAAGGGUGAGUACGAGUGCCCGCUGUGCCGACAACUGGCUAACUUUGUCCUGCCAUGCCUGCCGUUCACGGAGGGCUGCUCACCGUCAGUGGCAGCUGCAAGCUCCGAUAGCCGAAGUCACGCCGUUGUCGCAGCAGAGGUAGCUGAGAAACUGAGACUGAGUAGGGAAGGCAGCAGGGAAUCUCUUAAGGACAUCACUCUAGCAGCCAAGAGUGUGUUUCUGUUCAGACUCUUGAGAGAGAACAGGCUACCCAAGUCAGCGUAUGGUGAUCCCCUACUUCCCGUGGAUCAUUCUGAAAUGGUGGAUGUUGUGCUUCGAUCGACAGCAAGAGUCAACUUGGAGUUGGACCUAGUGGUCCGUGAAACUUUGUUACAACCCUCGUCUCAGUCUUCCUCAAACAAGAGAGGGUGCAUAGGUACUCUUCUGGAAGUUCUCAGCUUGCUUAUAGGCAAGAGUUCCGUUACCUUGGCAACCAAGCCUUGGUCCAUGUUGACGGAAUUGAAACAGAUAAGUGGGGCUUCGGAACCAAGAAGUAGUGGAUCACCAGAUGAAAUACCCGUGCUUUUGAAAGACCCUGUAGCAACAUUGAUAAAUCUGGUACUGGCAAUGCAACAUCCAAUAUCGAAAGAGCAUUUCAGUUGCAUCGUGAGAACAUUAUAUGCUCCACUGUACAUACAAGCUCUGUCUGUUAUCAGCUGUAGAAUGCCGGACACGGAGAGACGAGCAUGGGCUGAAAGUGGCAAGACGUGUCAGGCUCAGUCCAACGAAUUACAAAUGCAGCCCUUACUGAGCCAAGUUAUUAACAUGUAUUCCAACAGUACACUGUAUGACGAUACAGACUUACUGGAGAGAUUAGCAAUAUGCCAGUCGGUAUGGACCCUUCAAUGCAUUGAGACUGCCGCACAGGAAUACUGCCUGCCGUUCCUACGCAUUGCUGCCCUAAUGCAACAUCAUCUGUUUAGAGAUGAACUACCAACGUGUCAGAAACAAGAUCUGGAAUUCGAGUUGCUCGUCAAUUACCUCCGUCUGUACACAGCGCCCUCUGUUGGUGAGACACCAGCCGACCUGUACAGCGCGCGAUGUCUGCAUUUCGUUGGCAAUCCAUCAGAAUUCAUGAAGGCCUGGUGCCAAGACCUCCUGACGUUUGUCAGGAAAAACCGCAAAACUGCCAAGAGCCUGCUGUUGCAUAACCCAAUCUUCUACCCUCCACGCCUCCUGCAACUGCCCAAGAAUUACGACGCCGUCUUCCAGUACUACCGAGAGCAGAGGUGCCAGAGUUGCCUCCAGGUGCCCAAUCGUCCCGCCGUCUGUCUGGUGUGUGGCGCCCUCAUCUGUCUGAACGGGGCCAGGUCUGGCUGCCAGAGGUCCAGUAUUACAGAGCAGCACUAUCUAUCCUGUGGAGCAGGGACUGUCAUCUAUCUGGACAUUAAUUCUUCCAGUGUGGUCAUCGUCAGAGGCGAAAGGAUCUGUCAUUGGGCCUCUGUGUAUCUGGAUAGGCACGGGGAGGAAGACAGGGAACUCAAACGAGGCAAGCCGUUGUUCUUAUGUCUUCAACGUUACAAGGUGUUGGAACAACUCUGGAGAAGCCACAGCUUCAAUCACUGCUGCAAGAACUGGAUGUGGCAUCUGACUCAUCAUCACUGAGUAUAAAGGGUUAACCGCUAAGAUUUCCAAAUACAUAGUUUUUUAAUUUUUAGAUACACCUUUAUAAUUUUGCAGCCAGAUUUGAGAUGGAGACAAUCACAAGUCAAAUCACAAGUCAAAUCACAAGUCAAUAUACAUGUAUAUUGACAAAUACAUUGGCGUUACCAUUGUAGUGUGAACAAUGAAUAGAUAAACGUCUGUAUCAAGGCCUUCUAAAUCGACGCAAUUUCGACAAAUAAGGGAGCCCGCAUUUGAUAUAUUUAUUGAGCCACGUCAGGGUAUUAGCCUAGAGGAAAAUAAUUAUAUUAAGGGAUGCCAAAAUUUGUUCUUUGAGUUUAUGAGGACAUAGAAUGGGUGUAUAUGCACAUGUAUGUUCUUAGUUUCUGAUGAAAUGUGAGAAAUGUUUGUAUGUGUGUCACUUAUUCAAGGGAAGUUAUCUAUAUACAUGUUGUACAUGUAAACUUCAGUAUUGGAAAUCGCCCACCACCAACAUAAAUGUCGGCAGCACAUACUCAGUCGGGCUGAGAGCUUGUUGGCUCAAAGUCACAAGCUUGCUCGGUCAGCAUUCAAACCCACGACCUCCUGCUUACCAGUGCAGACGUCUUAACCAUUGAGUUUUAUGGGUUGGCUGGCUGGGUUCCCAUCGUAAAUCAUUUAUUUUAUUCCCAUAAAAAUUUAGGUGUGCAAGGGGGGGGGGGGGGGCAACAUUCUUGCCGACUUGCCAGAACCAUGUUCAAUCAAAUAGUUUUAAUUAUACUUAUUGUAACAUUCAGACUGACAACCGUCUACAUAAAUUUUACCACGUGGGUUCAACCUUUUGGAUUUGAUGUUUGUAUACAAACUGUUUAAACCUGUCAAAUUGUAUAAAUUUAUUAUAUUCUAACUUAAACAAGUCAGAAGUUAUUUCUAGAAUUUGGCUUAUGUAAACAAGACUCAUACAUCAUAUACACCUAGCUUGUUAACUUCUUGUGUUUAUAAACAAGACGUAUAUGUCUUGCUUCUUUACAAACAAUAAAACUUGCCCUGUAGAGAACAUGCUUUCUGAA